AUGGCUCGUAGCAUGAGCCCUCUGUUGCUGCUAGCCUCGACACUGCUCCUGCUGUUGCUGUCGUCGUCGUGCACCGUGCGCUCGGCUCGCGGCGAGGGCCAGCUGACAGACGGCUUCACCGCCGUGGAGCUCGCCGAGGCGCAGUUCAAGGUGCAGAAGCCCUACGACGUGCCUCUGGCCGAGCGAUACGAGCUCGUCGAUGGCGUGCGGCGGAUGUGGGUCUACGCCACCGACAAGCCCAUCAGCUCCGACCACCCCGGCGGCCCGCGCACCGAGAUCAAAAUCGAGCUGAUCUACAGCUCCGGGGUGUGGCAGUUCGAGGGCUACGGCUACAUCCCAUGCGGCACGUCGGGCGCGUCGGUGAUGCAGAUCUUCGGCGCGGCGGAGCACGCCACGACGCUCAUGCUGCACGUCUACGACGGCCAGCUCACGUACUACCACGACGACACCAGGGUCGUCGACGCCGGCGUCUACGACCGCUGGUUCAGGCUCAACGUUGUCCACGACGUCGCAGCCUCCAACAUCACCGUGUUCGUCGACGGCGAACACAGGCUGACCGUCCCCGGGCGCGGCGGGGACUCCCACUACUUCAAGUUCGGCGUGUACGGGCAGACCAAGAACAGCCCGUCGUACCGCAUGGAGUCGCGAUGGAGGGACGUCAAGGUCUUCACCAAGUGUUGA